AUGAAGGUGCUGGGGAUUUUUGUGUUGCUGGAAGUUACAGGCUUCUUUCCUAUUUUUUCCAGCCCUUCCUAUCCAGUCCAUUGCCGCUGGAAUUCUUUUGGCCCUUGGUCCGAGUGUGAUGGCUGUACUCACAAACAGAUUCGAAGACGGACAGUAGCAGUUUAUGGGCAGUAUGGGGGAAACCCCUGCUCUGGCGACGCUUUUGAAAUAAGACCCUGCACCCCCACAAGGGGAUGCCCAACAGAGGAUGGCUGUGGUGAUCGGUUCAGGUGCUUUUCAGGUCAGUGCAUUAGCAGAUCUCUUGUGUGCAAUGGAGAUCAGGAUUGUGAAGAAGAUGGCACUGAUGAAGAUCGAUGUGAAGAGAAGACGACUAUAUGUGAUAUUGAUAAAACACCUCCAAAUGCAGAGCUUACAGGAACAGGCUUUAAUGCCAUUACUGGAGAGACUAGAGGAAGAGUCAUUCAUACAAAAAACUUUGGAGGACAAUGCAGAAAGGUCUUCAGCAAUGACAGGAGAGAAUACUACAGGCUGAGUGAAAGCGUUCUUGCAUAUACUUUCCAGGUUAAAAUUCAGAAUGAUUUCAGUUAUGAAUUUUUCAACAGUAGUUGGUCUUAUAUGAAGCACGUAGUGAGGCAUGAAACAUCAAACAGUGGACACUAUCAUACACACAGUGAAAAUAAGAAGCACGGGCAAAAGAGUAGGCAGCUGAUGGUUAUUGAGAACAGUGUGGAAGUUGCUCAGUUUAUUAACAACCGCCCAGACUUUCUCACUCUUGCGGAGCCAUUCUGGAAGGAACUUGCCAACCUUCCAGUUGUCUACGAUUACAAUGCCUACCGAAGAUUUAUUGAGUAUUUUGGGACUCAUUUCUUGCAGUCUGGAUCUCUAGGAGGACAUUACAAACUUAUAUUUUAUAUGGAUACUGACAAAAUGAAAGCAGAAGCUCUGAGCACAUCUGACAUGUACCAGUGCACCUCAUCAGGUUGGAAUGUAUUCAUUGUGAAGAAGAAGAAAAUAGAGUGCUCCAAGCUGGAUGAAAUGCUACGGAUUUCUUCAGGAAGCAGCAGCAAUAAGAUUAAAGGAGACCCCUAUGUAGAAGGAGGAAGCCCAAGUGCUGUUGCUGGCCUUAGUUAUCUAGAAUUGGAUAAUCCUGCUGGGAACAGUAAGAAAUAUUCCUUUUGGGCCAGAUCAGUGACAGACUAUCCCAAAGUAAUUAAACAAAAGCUAACACCAUUAUACGAGCUGGUAAAGGAAGUGCCUUGCUCCUCAGUCAAAAAGCAUUACCUAAAACAAGCCAUUGAAGAAUAUAUGGCUGAAAAUGAUCCCUGCAAGUGUCGGCCAUGCCAGAAUGGGGGUGAGGCGGCUGUGGAUGGAACUCAGUGUGUGUGUUACUGCAAACCUUACACCUUUGGAGCAGCUUGUGAGAAGGGAACUCUUGUGCAAGAUCAGCCAGGUGUUGUUGAUGGACACUGGAGCUGCUGGUCUUCCUGGAGCUCUUGUUCAGGGGAAAGGAAAUCAAGGAGUCGAACUUGCAACAACCCCUCCCCAAGUGGUGGAGGGAAGGCCUGCAUAGGAGAGCACCAUGAAAGCAGACCCUGUGAAGAUGAAGAGUUGCAGCAUUUGCGCUUUAUUGAACCACAUUGUUUUGAUACAUCCAUAACUCCAGCAGAAUUCUGUUCACCUCCUCCUCUCUUGGAAAAUGGAUUUAUUCAAAAUGCUGAAAACUCAUACCCUGUUGGGAAAAGCAUUGUUUACGCUUGCAGACAUGGAUAUUCUCUUGUCGGUGAUCCUGUUGCUAAGUGUGGCAGUAAUUUAGAGUGGCAAUUUGGAGAAAGAUAUUGCCAGGAAACUUCUUGUCUCCUACCUGUCCUGGAGGAUGGCUUGCAAGGAGACCCAUGGAAACCUUCAUAUGAGAUUGGUGAGAAAAUAACUCUGUCCUGUAUACAAGGCAUGCGCUUAGAAGGAGCACACUCCAUUCUGUGUGAGCCCAGUCUCAAGUGGUCUCCUGACAUGAAAACUAUUCAGUGUGUAAAAACAGAACCCAGUGUGAAAACAGAAGUGACAGAGCCUAAAUGCCAGCCAUGGGAGAAAGUGCAGCAGUCGCAAUGUGUGUGCAAAAUGCCCUAUGAGUGUGGUCCUUCCCUGGACAUCUGUGCCACAGAUCAAAGAACCAAGAGAAACAUACCUUUAACUGUUUGCAAGAUGUAUGCCUUGGAGUGCACGGGCAGAAAAUAUUCUCUUACUAGCUCAGACAACUGCAAAACUCCUCAGGCCGCUGAGAAAUCAUGUGGAUCAUGCCAUUCAUGGGAAAGAUGUGAUGCAGAGUCCAACAGCUGUGUUUGCGAUGAAGAUGCACCGUGUGAAGAGGGAGGCAUCCAGAUCUGUGCUGAAGUGAGUGGCUCCACUGCCCAUCGGACCAUGACGGAGUGUGAGGCUGGGCGGCUCAGGUGCCGCGGGGAGACCGUCACCCUUGUCAGCAUAAGGCCUUGCAAUGUGCAGAGCAAAUAAGAUGUGUUGUGGUUCGUUUUGUGUGUUGCCGUGGGAUAUGUCAAAAUGUGUCAGCUCUUGGGCAGGACAUACUUCAAACCUUGCUCUAUCAAAUG